AUGGAGAAGGAUGAAGGAAGCAGUGUAGCUCAAGAGAGACAAAAGAAAACUGAGGGAAAGAGGAUAUUUGAGGCUGUUGAUGAUGGGUCAAUUGAGGGAACAGAGAAUGAGCAAGAGGAAGAUGAGUUAAGUGUUGUGGAAGAACAAAGAGAGUACGAGGCAGGGGAAAGCGCUCACGAAGAAGAGAAUGAAGCUGAGGUGAGUGGUGAAGAAGAAAAGAGUGAGGGAGCUCAUGGAGAUGAACCCAUGGAAAUUAGGUUAUUAAUUAUGCAGUAG